UCAAAUGAUCUUCUCUUCUACCUUUUGUUUCUUAUUCGUAUUUUCAAUAUCCUCUUUUCCAAAUUCCACUUCUUUUACCUUAAACUUUUCCCUUUCAUAACCAAAAAAUAUUAAUCAAGUAACAUUUGUCUUUGUUGUCUUCUUUUGUGGUCUUUUAAAUUUUCUCUUUUAUAAAAAUUAUAAGCCCGUUACAUUAUUUUAUAUCAAAACCAAUAAUAAUUCUAUAAAUUAACACCCUUAAUUAAUGGAAGAACAAAGAAAUAAACUUCCUAAUUUUCUACUAUCCGUGAAACUUAAAUAUGUGAAACUUGGGUACCAUUAUUUAAUUUCCAAUGCUAUGUACCUUGUUUUAAUUCCUCUACUUGGAGUAGUUUCAACACAUUUAGCAACAUUUUCACUAAAAGAUUUAAUUCAAUUAUGGGAAAUUCUAAAAUUCAACUUUGUGUCGGUUACACUAUGUUCAAGUUUAAUAGUAUUUUUAGCUACACUUUAUUUUAUGAGUCGUCCAAGAAGUAUUUACUUAGUGGAUUUUGCAUGCUACAAACCACAAGAAGAUUGCAUUUGCACAAGGGAAACUUUUAUAGAAAAAGCAUAUUUGUUUGGACAAUUUGGUGAUGAAAUUCUUUCAUUUCAAAAGAAAAUUGUUGAGAGGUCAGGUUUAGGACAAAAAACAUAUUUUCCAUCGUCACUAAUGAGAGUGCCACCAAAUUAUUGUAUGGAGGAAGCAAGGAAAGAAGCUGAAGAAGUUAUGUUUGGAGCAAUUGAUGAACUUCUUGAAAAAACUGGUGUGAAGGCUAAGGAUAUUGGAAUUUUGAUUGUGAAUUGUAGCUUGUUUAAUCCAACACCUUCUCUUUCAGCUAUGGUUGUUAAUCAUUAUAAAUUAAGAGGGAAUAUUUUGAGUUAUAAUCUUGGUGGUAUGGGUUGUAGUGCUGGUCUUAUCUCUAUUGACCUUGCCAAACACCUCCUUCAGGCAAAUCCAAACUCUUAUGCCUUAGUAGUAAGCAUGGAGAACAUAACUCUAAAUUUGUAUCUCGGCAACAACCGAUCGAUGCUAGUGUCGAAUUGUCUCUUCAGAAUGGGCGGAGCCGCAAUCCUCCUCUCAAACAAACCUUCUGAUCGGCGCAGAUCAAAAUAUCAAUUAGUUCACACCGUCCGAACACAUAAAGGCGCAGACGACAAAUCCUACGGUUGUGUCUUCCAAAAAGAAGACGACACGAAAAAAGUCGGAGUAGCACUCUCAAAAGACCUAAUGGCCGUUGCCGGAGAAGCCCUCAAAACAAAUAUCACAACAUUAGGUCCAUUAGUCCUUCCAAUGUCGGAGCAGCUAUUAUUUUUCGUCACAUUGGUCGGUCGAAAAAUUUUCAAGAUGAAAAUAAAGCCAUAUAUACCUGAUUUUAAAUUAGCUUUUGAACAUUUUUGUAUUCAUGCCGGAGGAAGGGCAGUUUUGGAUGAAUUAGAAAAGAAUCUUGAUUUAAGUGAAUGGCAUAUGGAGCCAUCAAGAAUGACACUUUAUAGAUUUGGCAACACUUCUAGUAGUUCUUUGUGGUACGAAUUGGCUUAUACAGAAGCUAAAGGAAGGAUCAAAAAAGGUGAUAGGACUUGGCAAAUUGCAUUUGGUUCUGGAUUUAAAUGUAAUAGUGCUGUUUGGAAGGCUUUGAAGACUAUAAAUCCUGAAAAGGAGAAGAGUCCUUGGAUUGAUGAAAUUCAUGAGUUUCCUGUUCAUGUGCCUCAAGUGGCAAAAAUUGAUUCUUAACUAUUAAUAUUUAUGUUUGUUAUAUCUAUGUUUAGGAAUGUCUUUAAAUUGAAGAAACUUGUCUAUUGUAUGGUUAGUUAAAUUUAGGAGAUGUGGAAGAAUUGAAAGGAAUAACUUUGCCUAUUUGUUUGUUCCUGUUAUGAGUAGUUUGCUUAGAAUUAUUACCUCAAGUUGUUAUUUAUUUUUGUUUUUUCUUUGUGUUAAAUGUAUCAAUUGACCAUAUAAUUAAAUGUAUGUCAAUUAAUUUUCAAA